AUGGGCAACCAUGGCCAGCCACGGGAGAAUGCCCCUCAGUUCGGCAUACGGCUAUCACAGGGCCACGUCCUAUUAUCGCGCGCGAUCCCGAGUCACCACGACAAAGUGGAGCCAACCGUAGGCACCUCCGGCCGAGGGAAACCCGAGACAUGGGGAUGCAGGCGCAACAAGCUUAGGACGCAAGGCGCUCCUCGAGGAUUUCUCGGAAACCCUCGGCGCGGUGUGCAGCGAGCAACACGAUGGCUGCGGCAGUCUACGGGUGGUUUUGAGAGGCGGUUGGGCUGGAACAGAGAACCUUGCCUUUGGCGGGGGCGGGGGGGGCUUUGUGUGGGCAACACUCGCGUUGAAGUGGAGGGGACACUCUUCGGGGAUAGGAGAAGAACAGGCAGAACAGCGGCAGAGAGGGACGGCGCAUUAGACAUGACCGACAGGGUGACAUCAUGCAGGUUGAUGGGACGAAGGUUUUUUUUUUUUUUUUUUUUUUUUUUUUUUUUUUUUUAG